CUCAAUUGGAGCCACCAAUUUAAUUUAUUUUCGAUUUAAUUAAUACGACAUUUUGUUUGUAAUAACUCCAUCACCACAAAGCAACCAUUUUUGCUAGAGUGGCUAUGGCGGCGACUGUUUCAUUGCCUCAAAGACCUUCUCUUUUCACCCUCCACAGCCGCGCCGCCGUUUUCGCUCCCCGCCGCGUCUGUUGCUCCGCCGCCGCGCCGCCGCCGCUUCUCAAAGCGGCGUCGGCCACCCGCCCGCCGGCGAUAGCCAACCCGACCGACAUGAAAUCGACAUGGGCCCACCGCGCCUGGCUCACCAGCGGCUGCGCCGCCGUGAUCCUCUCUCUGGCUAGGUCCGCCGCGGGAGCAGCGGCGUCCCACAUUUGGCUCGAGCCGAUCAUGGCCGGAGCCGCCGGCUACGUCCUAGCCGACCUCGGCUCCGGCAUCUACCACUGGGGAAUCGACAACUACGGCUCAGCCAACACGCCUGUGUUCGGCGCGCAAAUCGACGCUUUCCAGGGACACCACAAAUGGCCGUGGACGAUCACGCGCCGCCAGUUCGCGAAUAACCUCCACGCGCUGGGGAAGGCGGUGACGUUCGCCGUCGUCCCCAUUAACCUGGCGACGGACGAGCCGGUCUGGUUAGGGUUCGUGGCGGUGUUUUCCGGCUGCAUCAUGUUCAGCCAGCAGUUCCACGCCUGGGCCCACACCACGCGCAGCCGGCUGCCGCCGGCGGUGGCGGCGCUGCAGAACGCCGGAGUGCUGGUGUCGCCGUCGCAGCACGCGGCGCACCACCGGGAGCCGUACAACAACAAUUACUGCAUAGUGAGUGGCGUUUGGAACGAAGUAUUGGACAAUUCGAGAUUUCUGGAGAUUGUGGAGAUGAUCAUCUUCUUCAGGUUUGGGGUCAGGCCGAGGUCCUGGACCUCCCCCCAGCCUGGCUGGAUUCAAGAUAACACUUGUAAUUUACUAUCGUAAUAAUAUUAAUGUACAUAAUUACACAUUUAUUUAUAUAUUGCAUUUUUAGAAUUAGCAAGAAUUUUUAUUGAUUUACAGAAACAAUUAAUAAUAAUAUGAUUCAUUUCUUUUGUU